GAAUGUCCAACGGGGCUGGUGGACGAGGACGGCUUCAAACGGAUCUUCGCGCAGUUCUUCCCCCAGGGAGACGCCACCCACUACGCCCAUUACGUCUUCAACACCUUCAAGCAGAACAACCACGGCCAGAUCAGCUUUGAGGACUUCCUGGGGGCGCUGUCGACCGUGUCGCGUGGUUCUACGCAGGAGAAGCUACAAUGGAUCUUUGGUCUGUACGACGUCAACAACGACGGACUUAUCAGCAAGUCCGAGAUGGUGGACGUGGUCACGGCCAUAUACCAGAUGAUGGGACGUGCCACGGAACCCCUGGUCGAGGACACGUGCGCGAAGGACCACGUAGAGAAGAUUUUUCACUUAAUCGACACUAACCACGACGGGGCGAUCACCAUAGAGGAGCUGGCCAAGUGGGUGUCGAGGGACGAGACCAUCAUUCAGAGCCUGGCUAUGAUGGACACAGUUCUGUACACCCGACCUGAUCCCCACGACCCCGCCCACCCUCCGCCCACACGUCAGUCACUAGGGCGGCCAUGAGUCGCCGCCCACCCACACCCACACCCUCGUCUCUACCCUUCUGUGGGUGGGGAGGGUGGUGGUGCUGUGGGCGGGGCGGACAUUGCAGAAGGGCGCGCUAAUUCUGAUAAUCCUACGCCUAUUUCCUCAACGGCUGUCAAUCCGGAUAGGGAUUCAACGGAGCUUUGUCGCGAUGUUGAUAUCCGGAUGACAGCCGUUAGCUUAGAAGCAGCCUCCGAUGGCAAUGAUGUUCAUUCUUCUGUGCCUGUUGCCACGGCAACCUCCCCGCGUAAUGGAGCAACUGUUGCAGGAUGUAACUUUGCUACUGCGUCUACGUCGUUCAGUGCGACUAGUUCCCCGUCGUCUGUGUCUCGUACGACUGGUUCUCCUUCAUCUAUAUCCCGUAGGACUGGUUCUCCGUCAUCUACUUGUCGCACGACUAGAGCAUCAUCUACUUCUUCUUCAUCUACUGCUUCUACAUCGUCCAUUGCGACAACUUCCCCUCCAGUUGCAUCGCGGAAAGCUGCAGCUUCAGCAGCGUCCUCAUCAUCUACCUCUCGGGCAUCAUCUACGUCUAUAUCUACGAAGACCAUAUCCAGAAGCUCCAGGAGAAAGAUUUAAUAAUAAACACCGUUCCAGUUUUCAGUCGUACCCCCAUUUGUUGGGUUUCCAUUUUUUAUAUUUGCUUUGAAACGUUUUCUUUCCUAACUCAAGGGGAAACUGUAAUAAAGGCCAGCAACCGUUAUGUCUGGCGGAGGGGCCUUCGUCGGUAUAGAUACCGAUAAAAGGAUAUAGUAGUGCUGGAGCUUGGUGAAUAUCCGACCGGUUGUGAUCUUUUGCAGCGCCAUGUAUUAUAGGAUGGUGCAGUGACAGACCAAGUGGAUCUCAUAUAUAAUGGUACAUCCGACCCAUCACAGUUGAUUUUACUAGUCAAUUUCAGGCAUACCCAAUUUGGAUUUGAGUAGUGGUAAAAUCAGAUAAAAAAAUACAUCUUUAAUUUAUAAGUAUUCAAAACAAAUGUUUUGAAGAUAACACUCUAUCAUCAGUGUUAUAAAAAAUAAAUUAUCUGUAGUCAGCUUUAACUUCAUCCACACGGUCUUUGCUAUCAUAUAUUUACCAUUUAGAAAAUCACCAAUUUCUGAAGUCAUCAGUUUCGACGUAACCUAUUUCUGAGGUUAUGUUGCGAGAGAACACCAUACAUAUGUCAUAAUAUGUGGCACUGUGCCGUUAUGCAACUUUAAUGUUAUCAGUAAAAUCACGAGGUUUACCUUCGAUAUCACCUCUGUUGAGUCCAGUCACUUAUCACCUGUCAAGAUACCAGUUUUUAGCGUCAUUGCAAUGAAACCAAUCACAGAUCGCCAGCGAUGUUAUGAUUUUGACGUCACUGCCUGACAUAGCCAAUCACAAAUGAGCUGUAUAAUCAUUCUUCUGUGAAACCUGAUGUGGACCUGAUCGCUAUUUUAGAUCAUAAACAAAUUAUAUAUAACAAUUACUCGUAACAGAGAACUUCCGGUGUUAUUUAACUUGGACCUUUUUAUUAAAAGUGUGGUCCAUAUAUCGGAAAUUUAUUGUAAAGUGAAUAUCUAUGAGUUUUUGGUUGAGAUUUAGCCACAUAUGUAAAUAAUUUCUUCUCGCUGUUGUGUGGCCAUAUUUUCUCUUUUAUAUGUGAGUGUGAGGCGAAUUUCUCGUCAUAUGUCGCUGUUACGAUGCUUUUUGAUAUGAUCUGUUAGUAUAUCUUGGGCAAGUAUGUUAGGAAUUGUUUAUGUACAUGGGGAAGUAUGUUGGGAACUGGUUAUAUAAAUCGGGGAAAGUAUGUUAGGGCAAUUUUAUAUUCCUUGGGAAAGUAAGCCAGGUUUGGAAUAGUUAGGAACCGUUUAUACUUAAGAAAAGUUAAUUUGUACUCUCGGAAAGUUAGGAAUACUUUAUAUACCUUGGGCAAGAUGGGAACAGUUUAUAUAACUUGGAAAAGUUAGGAACAGUUUAUAUACCAUGGGAACGAUAUGAGCAGUAUAUGUACUUUAGGAAAGUACGUAAGGAGUCCAGAGAAGUAAAUAAUUGAGACUGUGAGCCUUCUGCCCUGUUUAUCAAAGGCUCAUAAUCCCAUUGUUGUAUGAUUUGAUGAUGUAUACAUAUAUAUUGUGUCUGUAUAUUGUAUGGGACGGCGUGUAAAAUGUCUGUUUGGUGAAUGUAUUAAUUUGUUGUGUGCAACAUUUUAUGUUAUCUAUAUUUAUCUUGCGAAGAAACAGUUUAUAAGUUUGGUUUGGUGUUGAACUUAAGGCCUAGCUAUCAUCUCGGUGUAUAUAUUUAUAUAUUUUAUAUAUUAUUGUCGGGUUAAACGGGCACUACAGGUGUUCAGUCAUUGGUAAUGGUUAGAAAAUGGCUGAGCAAAGUUUUAUAUUAUGGUAUACAAUAUAAAAAUUGUAGGGAAGACUGUGGUAAAAACUGGAAUAACAGCAGUGGGAGACUAUGGUAAAAUUUUUAAUGAUAGGGGGGACCUAUGAUAAAAACUGUUGUGAUAUUAGUAGGGUCUAUGGUAAAAACUAUAAUGAUAGUAGGGGGUACUAUGGUAAAAACUAUAUAGAUAAUAGGAGUAUGGUAAAAAAAAAUGUAAUGAUAGUAGGGGGGGACUAUGGCAAAAAAAUAUUGAUAGAAGGGGAAACUAUGGUAAAAUAUAUUGAUAGAAGGGGAAACUAUGGUAAAAUAUAUUGAUAGGAGGGGAAACUAUUGUAAAAUAUAUUUAUAGGAGGGGAAACUAUGGUAAAAUAUAUUGAUAGAAGGGGAAACUAUGGUAAAAUAUAUUGAUUGGAGGGGAAACUAUUGUAAAAUAUAUUGAUAGGAGGGGAAACUAUUGUAAAAUAUAUUUAUAGGAGGGGAAACUAUGGUAAAAUAUAUUGAUAGAAGGGGAAACUAUGGUAAAAUAUAUUGAUAGGAGGGGAAACUAUUGUAAAAUAUAUUGAUAGGAGGGGAAACUAUUGUAAAAUAUAGUGAUAGGAGGAGAAACUAUGGUAAAAUAUAUUGAUAGAAGGGGAAACUAUGGUAAAAUAUAUUGAUAGAAGGGGAAACUAUGGUAAAAUAUAUUGAUAGGAGGAGAGACUAUUGUAAAAUAUAUUUAUUGAUAUUAUGACGGGACUGUAGUAAAAAAUGUAGUGAGAGUAGGGGGGAGACCAUGGUAAAAAAUGUAAUCAGCGUAGAGAGUGGAACUAUGGUAAGAAUAGAAAGAUAGUAGCGGAAACUGUGGUGAAAUUGUAAGCAAAGAAAGACUUCAGCAUUGUAAGACAUUGGGGAAAAAAAAACAUGAAUUAAUUUUAAUACAUAUAUUAAAACAUUCAUGAAACUAAUGAGAUUUGAAUGAUUAAAUAUAUUUUAAAUGAACGUUAAAAAAACAACAUUUUAUUUAGUGUUUAAAGAAGAAAAUGGAGGGAAUAUAGUCAUAAUAUUUAAAAUAAAAUAUUGAACUUCCAAGAUUCAUAAUUAUAGAUAUUAACUAUAUAAAUAGUAUUGUGUGUUAUACAUAGUUACAGAUACCUAAUUCAUAUUUCCUUUUAUCUCUAUACUUCAGUUUGGUGUUGGGCUUAAGGCCUAUGGGUUGCAGGGUUGUUAAGGCCUCUGUAAUAGCUCAAUGACCGACUAGCAAGUAUACUUUAAUCUUCAACAUAGUCCAGGCUGAAGUAAACUCAGUGAGGAUGUACACCAAUAAGUAUACCACUGUCCAUGGUGUAAACCUUGCAAAGUUAUAUUAGAUUCAGCUACUCGGAUCCAAAAAAGUUC